AUGUAUUUUUUAUUAGGUGCAGAUUUGUUAUGCGUCAUUUGGUUUUAGGCUGAGUUGGUUUUUUAUUAGGUGCAGAUUUGUUAUGCGUCAUUUGGUUUUAGGCUGAGUUGGGAAAAAGAGGACGUUAACUCUUACUCCCAGACCAAGACAUCCUGGGAAGAGCUGGAUUGAGACCUGUAGGAAUUUGGAGGUCUAGUGUGCCUGUAGGAGGUGAAGAAGUUUUUUUUUUUUAAUUUGCUUUUAACUUCGUGUUCAAAUUAAUUUUGGAGUUUUUUUUUUCUGAUUUUCGAACAUUUAGAUAUAUUUUUCAUUCUCUAGAAGACUCUGACGCGUCAUCAAGCCGUCAUGACGGCUUGAUAAAAAAAUAAAAAAAUAAAAAUCUCACCGAAAAAAAUAACUGAAUGGGAGAUAGCGCGCCCCAAUGAUAAAUCUCUUGUCAAUUUACUCGGACAUUCUCGGACAUUGGCAGGCUUGUGCGAGGGCCGGCCCGUCACUCUCCCGGCCCGCCGACCAUUUCGUAAGCCCGGCCUUAAGAAAAAAAUGGCCCGCCCGGCCCAAAACGCGUAAUUUUUUUCUAGUCGGACAUCAAGUUUUUUUCCGACAAAAAAAUUACGUUUUUUUGCUCAAUUUUUUUCACUUAAAGUUUAACAAAAAAACUACGAUUUCAGAAGUAAAAAGUAACAUUUCGGUGAAAAAUUUUUUUAAAAUGAAAUUUAAAUUUUUUUGAAACCCGGCCCGGUAACUAAAAUCGGACGUGUUUCAGACGUUUCUGAGCAACCCUAGGGAUCACUUAAGUGGACUGAAUUUACUAAAGGGGUCACUAGAAAUGCCCAGAAACGUCCGAUUUGCGUCCGUUUCGCCUUUUUAGGAGCUUUGAGUAUUUUUUUUUUCUCGAAAACUAGGAAGUCUUACAGGUUCAGACUUUCAAAUCAAGGAGAUUAUUUCCCAACGUUCCGAACAUUCUCAACGGCAAAGUGAAACUACCUUCCUUGUAAGUAAGUUUUUAUGCUGUCUUUUGCACUUCAAAUUUUUUUUUUCGAAUUUCCGUUCCUGAAUAAAAACUAUGUUUUAGAAAACGAAGAAGAAAAUCUUGAUUCAGACGGGUGCGCUGCAAGCGGAAAAGAAGCUCUUUUUUUCUGGAUAGUUCCUACUCCGGGAUUUGGAUAA